CGCCUACAAGCGUUAUCGGGGAUUUCUAUUGGAGAAGCAGUUUCUGGUCAUCUGCUUGAUUGUGCUGUCUUUGGCUUUAUCGUUGAUUGACAGAUUUAUUUGCAUUGCACGCCACCCCUGGCACUAUCGUGACUGCUAAGUUGUUUUGUGUGUAGCCCCUCUACCCCGGCGUUGCUGGUUCGCAGACGGAAGAGGACACAUGAGGUUGUUGUAGGAGCGGGAGAAAAUGGCGACGAACAUCGACUACAGAGCUAACACAUUGAGGAAUCGAAAAAUUGUCUGAGUCUCACCGAUUCUCUGUGGAAACGUUAAAGUUCUGGGAUCAAGAAACUCGCAGAGCCAGGGGAGAUGGAGGAAGAUUCCGGGCGCCUCGACAAGUCUGAUCAAAUGACCCACGGUCAACCAGCCUCUCAACAAUCCAUGUCUCCAAGUCAGUCAUUCCAGUGUAACCAUUGUGUCCUCCUUUUCAAGUCAAAAUAUUUCCUCCUUGAACACAUGAAGAAGGUGCAUGGCGUUGAUGUGGAUCCUUCACAAAUUUAUGGGAGUUCUAAUCCCUCAGAGAGUUCCACACAACCUCACAGUAGCACUCUCUACAACAAUUCAGAGGAGAGUUUCUCUUGCCGGCAUUGUAUGUUUACAUCUUCCAGUUGGUCUGUUCUUAUCAAACAUGAAAGAACAAAUCACAAGGUUUCGGUAAACAGGACCCUGAAAACACAGAAACGGUAUUUAAGGGGCAAGCUGCUUAAUGCCAAAGUGCCACUGCCAGGGAAGAAGAACCAACACAAUGUGUCAAGACUCCAACGCAAACAAGGGGAAGUGGGGAGAUUGAAUUUCCCGAUAUCCAAGUCUACCUCAAAAACCAUAAACAUUCCUAGCUCUAGUCUAUUGUUGGAGAACCUGCAAACUCAAGUGGGAUCCUCAGAAAAUAUUUCCAAAUUCAAAAUUGCGCAUGGGUCAUCUUUAAAUUCCUCACAACUGAAGUUGCCCAACCUCUCAAGGCCAUCACGUGCGCAUGAUGUGACCCUCAUGUCACAUGCGCCUUUCCUUAGCUAUGACCAAGACGGUGGUAAAGGUGUCUCUAAAGUAACUGAAGAGAGAUCUCAUACAGAAAGUGAACAGAAGGGCUCUCACUGCUGCUCACUCUGCAACUUUUCUGCAACUUGGCUAGAAGAUCUUCACACUCACCAGCGAAGUGAGCACAGUUACCUUUUUUACAGCAUGGGGCUAAGUCUGCUGGACGGAACAGCGACAGAACAGCGGGAUCCCAAACCUGAAACGUAUAAUGAAAUGUCACUAACAGAGCCAUUGGCUAAUGCCACCAAGAAGAGGAUGCAUGAUGACACCGCUUUGAGUCCUGCUAAGAAAAAGAUCAAAACAAGCCCUGAAAGUACAGUCAUCCAAAGCAAGCUGUCAGGGGGCACUGCUUUCACCUUUGAGGUUAGCGAGGAUGAAGAGGGGGAUGCCUGGAGAACUGAACUAGAUGCCUCAGGAACUGAAAAAGACGAGCAUGAUCAAUUGGAAAAUAGAGAAAGCAGGGACAAACAAAAAAUACUUUAUCGUUGCAAACAUUGUGACUACAGUCACAAGUCAUCUCGCAGUGUGAGCACCCAUUACCAGAGAAUGCACCCUUACAUCAGGAAUGACUUUCAGUACAUCAUUAAUCCAGAUGAUUGGACUGCCACCUUCCGUUGCUUGGAGUGUCCUGUUGAGUUUGCCACCCCUGAUGACCUCAAGAAGCACUAUAGGGAUCAUCACCCAGAAGCACCAGAUGUGUUCAUGAUGCGAUCAGAUCAGCUUGAUUUGGUGUACAAGUGCUUUGCCUGCCCAUUCACCAUUUCUAAUGGCAAAUACUUGAAACCCCAUUACAAAAACAAACAUCCAAAACUGAAAAUGAGCAGUCCUUUAAUGUACUGCAGUUUUACUGCCAAGCCUUCUAAAGACGAACCCUCUAAAUCACAUUUAGGGCAAACCUCCAGCCUAAAGAAUGCAGAGGUUGUCUCUCCUGAGAGGUCUCUGACCCCAUGUAAAGAAACUGUUAAUAUCAACUCUACACCCCCAAAAGAAUGUUCUGCUUCCAUGGGAGUGGAUGAGGAACUGUACCACUGCAAACAUUGUGCCUUCAGCAAUAAGUCAGUGGUUGUUGUGCUUGUCCACUACCAAAAAAGCCAUCCGAAGUCAGGAUUGACAAUUGAUGACAUAAAACAAGAAUCUCUUGCCACUUCCAGGGAAGCUAAGGACGAAACACAGGCGUUUCCUCAAAAUAUGGUUUUGGAACCAUUAAAACUCCCAGAAGUAAAGUCCCCCAACAUGUCCCUCUUUAAACCCGAUGUUGCACAGGACGAUGUAGAGAACAUGUUUUUCUGCCAGCAUUGCAACUAUGGAAACCUCACAGUGAGGGGGGUGUUGAAUCACCAAAGGUCAAGACACAGUGAUCUCAAUGCUACUGUUGAACAGAUCCAUUUCCAUACUGCGGAGGUUCAUAGUCAAAGCAAAGUGUCACAGGGCAUAGGAAUAGUCUCACAUAGCACUCCCCUCCAAAAAGAUCUAGCACAGGAACAUGUUUUAAAGCCAUUCAAACUCCCAGAAGUUAAGUCUAACACAUCCCCUCCCAUAUCCAAUGCUUCGCAGGCAGAUGAUGAGAGUUUGUAUUUCUGCCAGUUUUGUGGCUAUUGCAACUCCACAGUGAGAGGCGUUAUGAAUCAUCAGAAGUUGAGACACAGUACUCGUAAGUCAACUGCUGAACGGAUCAUGAAACAUACUGCUGUGAUUCGUAGCAACCCCAAAUUGAGAGGGGGUUUGAAUCAUCAGACGUUAAGACACAGUACUCGUAAGUCAACUGCUAAACGGAUCAUGAAACAUACUGCUGUGAUUCGUAGCAACCCCAAAUUGAGAGGGGGUUUGAAUCAUCAGAAGUUAAGACACAGUCAUCUCAAGGUGACUGCCGAUAAGGUCAUCAAGCACACUGCUGAGGCUCAUGGUCAAAGUGAAAAGCUUCAGUCUACUGGAUUUGACUCAUCAAACUCCUCUCUCAAAUCCACUGUUGAGAACGAGAUAGCUGACUUGUUUUUUUGCCAAUACUGCAACUAUGGCAACCCCAGAGUUAUAGGGGUUUUGAAUCAUCAGAAAUUAAGACAUCGUUGUCUUCAGACAUCAACUAGUCAGAUCCUUCAAUAUACAUCUGAGCUUCGUAGUCAGAAAGAUACAUCUCAGUCUGCUGGAUUUGACUCCUCUCUCCUCACAUCUGAUAUUGGAAAUGAGGCAGGCAACUUGUUUUUCUGCCAGUUUUGCAACUAUGGGCAUCCCUCAAUAAGAGGAAUUUUAAAUCAUCAAAAGAGAAGACACAGUGAACUCCAAACAACACCUGGCGACAUCUUCAGGCAUACUGCUGAGGUUGGAGGGCAAACCGAAAAAUCCAAAAAGUCUAAGAGAGUCAACUUGACAAAGUCUUCUCACAUCUUACCUCUUCCUCUUGUGACAGAAGAGGCUGUGUUAUUCUGUCAGCUUUGCAACUAUAGCAAUCGAACCAUGAGGGUGGUUGUGGAACAUCAAAGGAAAAGACACCCAGAUCUUAAAGCAACUGCUAAACAAAUCCUUGAAUAUACUGCUAUGAUUUUGUCCCAAACUAGCAAAUCGCCUAACUCAUCUUUCUUAACAUCUGAUGUUGUCCAAGAAGUGUUAGAUAAGUUCUUCUGCCAAUAUUGUGACUAUAACAAUCCCACAGUGAGGGGGAUUUUUAAUCAUCAAAGUAAAAUGCAUUGUGAUCUUGAAACAAACGCUGCGCAGAUCUUAAGGCAUACUGUUGUCGUCCGAGAGCAAACCGAAAAAUCUCAGCCAAAAGCAGUGAACUCACCUAACUCUCCUCACCUCUUGUCUCAUCCUCUUUUGAAGGACGAGGUUGAACACAUGUUUUUCUGUCAGCUUUGCAACUAUAGCAAUCCAACGGUGAUAGGGGUUUUGAAUCAUAAAAGGAAAAGACACCUUGAUAUGAAGCCAACUGCUAAGCAAAUCCUUGAAUAUACUGCUACUGUUUUGGGCCAAAUGAGCAAAUCCCACCCAGUACGAAGAAACUCGCUUAACUCAUCCCAAGAAGAAGAGAGAAAGUUGUUUUACUGCCAGCAUUGUGACUAUGACAGUCCGACAGUUAGGGGGGUUUUGAAUCAUCAGAAAUUAAGACAUAGUGAUCUGAAGGCAACUGCGGAUCAGGUUGUCAGGUAUACUGCAAUUGUUCCCGGCCCAAAUAAAAAAUCAACAAUGCAACAGCCUAACAUGUCCUCCAUGAAAGUCUCACAAUCUUGCAAGCAGAAAGCUGCACUGCUCAGGUCCUUGAAGUGCCGCAAAUGCUCUUAUACAACUCCCCAUAUAUAUCUUUUAAAAAGACAUCUGAGGAAUAACCACCAAGAGAAAGCCCCGAUCACUACGAUUAUACAUUGGGCUUACCAAGAUGGCCAUUUACAGGAAGGUUAUCACUGUGAGUGGUGUGCUUGUUCACAUACUGAAGCGAAGGGACUCCUCCGGCACUACCGGCAACGUCAUCCAGAUAAAAAAACUGGACUUGAAUCCAUCAUCCUGAGGUUACAUGCCGGCCCUAAGACCUCUCGAUCUAAAAAAACGAAGCCUAACCCAGAACACAAUGAAAAACAUGAUCCGAUUAUCCUCAGGUUUGGGGAUGUUCCAAAGACCACUCCAUCUUUUCAGACCGGAGGAGGUGACAMAAAAGUCUAUCCAUGCCGAGCGUGCCCCUUUAAGGCUACUUCCAUGGGGGGUAUAAGCAGCCACUACCGUGCAGUUCAUCCAUGGUCUGUCAAGGAAGAUGGGUCUGUGUUAGAUGUCAUUAGUAGUAGGCAGACCCAAGAACCGGAGGUCCAUGAACAGCUUGAUGUUCAUGAAACCUUGAGUUCAAGCGAGACAUAUCGGUGCCCUGUCUGUUCCGGAGAGUUCAACACCCUCCAUGGUAUGUCUACUCAUUGUGGAAAGAAACAUCCUGAAUAUGAUAUGAAAGUCCAUGAACAGCUUCAUGUUCAUGAAACUUCAAAGCCAAACCAGCGAUAUAGGUGCCCUGUCUGUUCCGGAGAGUUCAACAACCUCCAUGGUAUGUUAACUCAUUGUGGUAAGAAACAUCCGGAAUAUGAUACAUCAAGUUAUGAAAGGGAACCUGAAGCGGAACCUAGUACAAGUGAGGGGACUCUGGUAUUCAAGUGUUCAAUCUGUCCGUAUGUGAACUCUCACGCUCAUGGUGUUCUAACUCACUGCCAGAUGAGGCAUCCAGCCGUCAAAGCCAGAACUGAGAGACUUGAACAAGAAAUUGUACACUUCACUGACCCAAAUGAAUGCCUGAAAGUCCGAUCAGGUAAGCGGAUGGGAUUGGCAGGCUUCAGGUGCAAUAUGUGUCCAGUCAUCCAUGCAAAAUUCAAGAAGUUGAAGGCUCACUAUGAGAUGGAUCACAAACGAUCUGCCGCAAAUAUAUUCAAACCGGCUUUGAAACAAUCCGCUGCCAUUAAAAAACAAUUGCUCUCCAAAUACAGAGGCUCCCAGACCUCAAUUGCCCAGGCUGCCAUUUUAAAAAAUGGAAAAUCCAUCAUAGUCAAGUGCCACCUUUGCAAGUACCUUUGCACCACUAAAAAGGGCCUUGCCUGUCAUCUUCGCAUUAACCACAGUACAGUGGCUCCAAUUGAGGACAAAGAGUUUUCCUACAAGUGUGCACUGUGCUCGUAUACAACUUCGAUUUGUAAAUACCUUGCAGCCCACUAUAGGAGGCAACAUGGCAAUGCUGCUUUCACCAACCACUUUGUUCCAGCAUUCAGACCUCACCGCAUUCUUCCAAACUCACCGGACCAUAAGGCUUCUUUAAGUCCGGAAACCAAAUCACCUGGUGAGAAGAUAAGCUGUUCUCGCUGUUUUUUCCAAUGUCUUAGUGAAAAGGGCCUGGUCUCCCAUUAUGUGAUUUGCCACCCAGGAGUCUCUCCCAGCAAGCACAAAUCUAGCAAACUUAGCCCGAAUAACACACUGCACUCUCCCCCCAAGCCUAGAAAUCAUCCCCAGCAACAGAAACCUGUAUGCAAAUUAUUUGAUCCACAAUGUGAGAAAGGCAAAACAUUGCGUCCAGUUAAAUGCAAGAAAUGCGUGAAGUUAUCUUUCAACUCAAAUCUGCUGCUAAGUAUCCACUACACCAAUUUCCACAACGAAGAUUUCACACAAGACUUCACUAUACUUUCAAAGACUUCAGAGGAUGGCACAGAAUUMUACAGAUGUGGAUACUGUAACCUCCAAAUCCAGGGCAGUGCGGACCUCUGCUCCCAUCUCGACCAUCAUACUGAGGAGUUUCAGAAGCUGGCAAAUGGACAGAAGAGGAAACAACGCCUCAGUGCCCCACCGCCAAAGACCAAGCCUGUUAAGCAGGAAAGACAAGAACUGCCCGAGGUUCUGACAGCAGAGGAAUCGGACAGUCAUUGGAUUGUGACACAGGUGGAAUCUGUUACAACAGGGAAGGGUCCACUGGUGUCCCCUUCCCCUGUCCCAUCGACAACAAAACCAGAGGGGGGGUCAGUAGGAGAGGAGUGCAACCACUGCGGGCGAACUUUCAUGUCUUUGAAAGGUUUACGCUCACAUGAGCGGAGCCAUGCAGCUACAGCAGCGCUCAAACGGCUGGACAAUGUACCUCAUCAACAGAAGCAGAUGUUUGACCGCCAUAUUAGACAUCGACCCGGGACCAUCAAACCCUUCCACUGUGGGCUCUGUCGUUACAGAACUAACAUCUUGAGCCUCUUGAAGAAUCAUCUGCUCAAAGUACAUGGCGCUCAGGACCCAUCCAAGAACCUCCCUUCCUCCGUGACCUGUAGCGAGAACAAGGAGCACACCCUGAGGGCUGCUGAAGAGACCCAGAACCUGCCAGAACCUCAAGAAGGCAACCAAAUGUCUGAUGAUUCUGAGGAAUCAGACCCCACUGAAAAACCAGUAUACUCGGAGCCCCCAGAUGUUCAGAGGCAGCUCAACCACUACAGGCAGGUGGCUCAGGCCAAGGCCUCCAGCAGCGCUCCAAGCCCACAGACCACCAGGACCACUCAAGAUGGCUUAUUCGUCUGUGAGUUUUGUAUCUACACCUCAACACACAUCAAGAGUAUGCGUCGACACUACAUAAAUCGCCACAAUGGGAAAAGGCUCGUGAGGUGCAAGGACUGCUCAUUUUUCACAGGCUUCAGGAAGAAGUUGGAUAUGCACAUAGAGACGGCACAUGCCAGUAGCCCAACAGAAGCUCCGAAGGAGCUACACUGCCCUCUCUGUCUUUACCACACCAAAAACAAAAACCGCAUGAUCGACCACAUCGUCCUCCAUCGUGAGCAGCCAGUGGCCCCUAUAGAGGUGCGUCGUCCGAAGCUGUCGCGAUAUCUCGAGGGCAUCGUGUUCCGCUGCCACAAGUGCACCUUCACCAGUUCCAGUGACAAGAAACUGCUACUGCACAUGCUCAAGCACGACGAUAUCAAGCCCUACAAAUGCAGACUGUGCUACUUCGACUGCACACAGCUGAGCGAGUUGGAGGCACACCUGUGCGAUAAACACCAGGUUGUGAGGAACCAUGAGCUGGUGGGACAGGUCGAUCUGGAGGAACUGGAAACAAGACUGAGCAGAGUCAACGAGGAGGGAGAACAAUUCAUGGACUGUGAGGAGACCCAAGGGCAACAAGAUGAGGUGAACAAAGAUGCCGAUAAUGAGGUGGCAGAGAACACAGCCCAAAACAGUGAAUUCCAGGAUUUUAGUAAUGACGAGAACCAAGAGGGACAAUAUAAGCAAUCCCAUGAGAAGCUAGAGAAUGAGGACAAGGAGAAGGUCGAGGAACAUUUAAUGGACUGUGAGGAGGAGAACCAAGAACCUGGAGAGAUGGACAUAGAAGAACAAAACAACCAAUAUCAUGAGAUGCCAGUGCUUAAAGAUGAAGCCUGCAACUAUCACGAGAUGCCAGUGCUUGAAAAUGAAGAGGGCAAAGAGGAAACGCACAGUAAUCAUGGUGAGACACAGGAAAAUGAGGAGGCAGUGAAGACUGACCGUCUAAAACCUGAGUGCGAUAAUAAACCGGAGCAAGGGUCUGAACAGGAUGAAAAAUAUGAAGAAAACCCCAAGAGUGGCGAGAAGCAAGAUCACGAGGUGGAGGAAAACAACAAGGAAAAUGGCAACAUAUCUUCACCAAAAGAUGCCUCCACUACCUUGAAGAUAAUUCCAGUGACCAGAAAUGAGAAAACACUUUCCUGCGAGCUCUGUGGCCGAACUCUCAUGAACAGCACUGAUCUGGAACGGCAUGUGAUGCGCCAUGGCUUGUAACUCUGUGUCGGUGCAACUGAUGAGGAUGUAUUGACACUGAGGGUGUUGCUGCUUAGAAAUGGGAGACAUGUCAUAACAGGGCUGCUUUUAACAGCAAGCUGAUUAUGUGAAGUUCAAUUGAAUGUAAUGUUUUAUUGUCACUUGUUGCAUACUGUUUCCACCUGUAACUAACUUUUCUUGACUGGAGACACUGCAGCUAUUGUUGUAAAGGACAGUCUUUCAUUAUUGUAUAUUAUGUCAUGCCAGAAUGACCGUUCACAUUUCCAACAUAUUGGCUGUUUUGAUGCUUUGUAAAUAUGUUGAUCUUGUUGUCUUUUAACAUUUCUGUAAUAAAUGACUUUAUCCUAAAGCUA